AUGGCCGAAACUUUCGAGAAAACCAACUCCGUCCUCAGCGUCGCCGACACCUUUGCGCAUCACGAGAAUAAGGAGGAGGAUGACCAAAUCGCUGGAGCAGAAAGAUAUGACGAGGUCGAGGUGCGCAAAGUUCUACGACGAGUCGAUGUUCGCCUGCUACCACUAUUGACUCUCCUCUACCUUAUUUCGUUCCUUGACAGAGGCAACAUCGGCAACGCGCGGGUGGCAGGGUUGCAGAAAGACUUGGGCUUAACGGACGGUCAAUACAACUUGUGCCUGACGGUGUUCUUCUUCUCCUAUGCUUUCUUCGAGGUCCCCAGCAACAUUGUCCUCAAAAUACUUCGCCCACGGAUCUGGAUCCCUAUCAUCGUCCUGGCCUGGGGCACAGUGAUGACUCUAAUGGGCGUUGUGCAGAACUUUGGCGGACUCGUUGCAACGCGAUUUUUCUUGGGGCUCGCUGAGGCAGGAUUUUUCCCAGCAUCAACGUACGUGAUCACCACUUGGUAUACCCGUCAUGAGAUCCAAACCCGGAUUGGAGUUUUCUUCUGCGCCGGGUCUCUGGCAGGAGCAUUUUCUGGGCUUCUGGCCUUUGCUAUCCAGAAAAUGGAUGGGAUCGGCGGCUUGGAGGGAUGGAGAUGGAUUUUCAUCUUGGAGGGCCUCCUCACCCUCAUGGUUGGUAUGGCUUGCGCAAUCUCUUUACCUAAUGGACCUCAAACAGCACGGUUCCUCUCCGCCGAGGAGAAAGAUUGCAUCAUUGGUCGAUUGAAACGUGAUGCACAUGAAGGUGGCGACGAGUUGAUUGGGGACACUCCCUUUGAGAUGAGGUAUCUCUAUGACACCUUGAAAGACUGGAAAAUCUACCUGUCGGUGAUAAUCUUCUGGGGUAACUCGAUUUCUACCUAUGGAUUCAUCUUCUCUCUCCCUAUUGUUAUUAAAGGCUUGGGCUACUCGGCGGCAAACGCGCAACUCCUUACGAUUCCUAUCUACGCCACCGCGCUGCUGGUCACUAUAAUAACCUGCUACUAUGCCGAUCACACAAAACAACGCUCGCCGUUCAUCAUCUACCCGUUUAUGUUGGCGGUGGUCGCCUAUGCAAUCCUCAUUGCUCUUCCGAAGGACAAGUAUCCGGGAGCAAGGUACGGGAUGCUUUUCGUGGUCGCAGCCGGACUAUAUCCCUCCAUCUGCACUGUAAUCGCUUGGAAUGCCAACAACCUGGCUGGACCAUGGAAACGUGCAAUUGGAAUUGCUCUUCAGCUCACGAUUGGCAACCUAGGUGGUGCAAUCGGUUCGAACAUUUAUUUGCAGCGUCAAGCACCACACUAUUGGUUGGGCUAUGGAUUUUCUCUUGCCAUCAUUCUAUGUGCCAUCACAUCAGCAUAUGUUUUGAGAUUCCUACUGAGCCGCCAAAAUAAGCAACGAGAAAGAAUGACCCCAGAGGAAAUCUAUACCAAAUAUUCCCCGGAGGAGCUGAAGAGGCUAGGCGACAAAAGUCCUUUCUUCAAAUAUACACUCUAG